AAUCAAAGAAACAGACGUCAAAACAAGAAUCCUAAAAUUUUGUUUUACUAUUUUUAUUUUAAAUGACUUUAUUUAGUGUUUGAUAUUUUACAUUGCGUAAAUUUUAGCAUGUACUGGUGGAAGUGCAUAGAUUGUUUGUUACGAUUAAACAUACACAUAAGAGACCAGUCGUUAUUUUUGGUGUACUAUUUUUGUCCGCUCUACAUUCGGUGCAUUGAAAUAAUUUUGACAUCCAGGAAAAGAGUUCUUCCUGAUACAUGUUAACUUCGCCGUGGUCCGUGUGAUGGUAAUGUCGCUGGGCAUGGGCGACGUGGUGCGCGAGCGGCUGCCCGCGCUGUGGCGGCGCAUCGAAGACGCGCACUACACGUACCUCGAGACAGACGACAGCCCCGACAAGCUGGCGCGCAAGCGCAAGCUAGAAGAGUACAUAAUUGAGUACCUAUCACUGGUGCCACAUGAAUGCAAGUUCGGCCUAUCGGAAACUGGGAAGGUGUUCCAGCGGACUAUCAAUGAGCUGCCGGAGUUCAGUGCGUACCGCGCGGGCCUCGGUUGGGCAGCCCUGGCGCGGUACGCCGGCAACCUGCUGGCACAGCCCUGGCGGAAGGAGUACAAAGUUAUACGGCUAUACUGCGGUUACUACAAACAUGAAGUGGAAGCGAACAUGGUGGGGGCAGAGAGCCUCCUACACUGCAUGGGAUACAAGUCCAUAGGGUCGGGCAGAAUGGCGCUGGAUUCCCCGAUCUGCCCGGACAUGGUCGCCGCUGUCUCCAGGGACGCUCUCAUAGCGCAGUGCGAGUGUCAGAUAAUGUCCCAAGUGUGGGAGUCGGUGUGGGGCAGCGGGGCGAGGAUAUCGUGGUCGGACGUGGCCCGCGAGAGAGGCGCGCACGCGGGGGACGCCGCGGGCGCCGCACACAACCUCGUGACCAGGGGGGACCCUGUCCUGGGGUACUGUAAUGGUUCGGAGAUAUACUCCAACGUGCCGGUGCCAGUGGCGGAAUCACGGAACAGAUACCAUACGAACAUGCAACCCUGCAACCACUUGUGCCCAGAAGAAAUGCCCCUCGAGGACCCCAUCACGCCCAUGAUCCACCCAUCCUACAUGGUCCCAACCCCCAACGUCCUCCCCCCUCAAAUGGUCUACCCCCACAUGCACCCAGACAUCCCUGUGACUGUCACAAAUCCUGUCCCAAUCAUGCCCUACGGAGUCCCUUACUACUACCCCGUCCAUGCCCCCUAUAUGAUCCCCACCCCUGUCUACGCACCAAUAAAACAUGCAACGAAUGUCCCUAUAAACGGGUACCCCCCUAUACCCCAAUACAGAUACCCCGCUGUCCCAACGGGACAGCUAAUAGAACUAGACUCCCCUUACGAAAAUGGAAGCAAAGACGAUAGAAGGAGAAGCAGACAAGAAAGUUCUAGAAGGAAUAGUACUUCGAAAUCUAAUUUCAGUGAUGUAACAUUACCUAGCCUACCAAGAUCUGACACUCAACCAGCGUUGAGCAAAGCUAAAGAAGACGGUAUGGGUACGUAUGAAAGUUGGGAUUACGUAUUUAGAAAUUUAUCGAGCAAAGAGCAGGACGGAGAUAGGAGUAGGUAUUCUCCCUCUUUAGACAGAGAUUCGCGGACGUUAGAUAGGUUAGACAGAGACGAAAGACGAGCUAAAUACCAGCCCACGACGUUGGAUUUAGAAGAUGGAUUGCAAGCUUUGAAUCUUGAUCGGACAUACGACGAUAAUGUGUAUAGAACGGCGAAAGUUAACGAGAAUUUGAUGAGGCUUAAACAAGAACAAGAGUUGAAACGAGCGAAGCAGUUGGCGAAGAAACAAACAGACGAAAGGAAGACGAGGAAGUUGGAGCCUUUUCCUAAUCCUAAGUCAGAUGCCUUGAUAACACCUAAAGUUGCUCCAGACAAGAUUAAGUUGUUGACGAAGAAGGAUAUAAAAGAUAGGAAAGAUGUGAUAAAACAGCAGAAUUCUAUGAACGGUUCAGUGGUGAAUUCAGUGGAAGUGAAGAAGGUGAAGAAGCCUACGAAACAUGUUGCGGUUGAAGUGGAGAAGAAGUGUAAGCCCUUAGAAAAUGGAGUUCACAGUGCGGCGCACAGUUCUAAGAGCAUAGCUACUCCAAGUUCGUCUCAACAAAACUACGAUCUGAAAGCGCAGCUGGUCGUGUCGCUCGACGAGCCAGACUCCGUGCGGCGCUCGCCUCCUAAACACUUACAAAAUGGCGACCGACCUCUCAGUAGGACUUCCCAUCUGCAAGAGAAAGAGAGGGCAGACACUGGGGACAGCCAGGCGAAGAGGGACAGAUGGGAAUGCGGUACAUGCACUUACUUGAACCGCGUCAACGUGGCCGCGUGUGAGAUGUGCGGGAAAUCCAAAAGGGGUCCGGAAAUACAGCCCUUAACCUCAGGGGGGCGGGAGUGUCCCGCGUGCACGCUAGUUAACAAACGGGACGCGAAGACCUGCGACGCCUGCGGGACCAGCUUAGAACAUUGUCCCACUUAUAUUUAAUAUGAAUAUAACUUGUCCAAGUCUCGAGAUACUGCUAUCGACCGACUUUCAGUCUGUCUAUAAAUAGUAGAGAAUGGUUCAACGAACUACAUUUUUUUGCCAUUGAAUGAUGAAUGUUCAAGAUUGGUUGCUGAAUAUAAAGUGUUGCUAGCCAAGAGGACACAGCGUUUUUUCUACUUUUUAAAGACAGACUAUAAUUGAUUCAUCUUCGUGGUGCACAACAUGAACGUCGAAAUUUAAAAUAAAAAAUAACUUCGACAACAGCGCCCCUAGCGGCGACUUCGCUGGCCUUAGCCUCCCUUUGCAAUAAAAGAUUGACAUUUGUAUGUGUCAAAAGUAAAGUCUUCUUCGGAAGUCAAGAAAUAAAACUAAAGAUGAGCUCGUUUUGCCAAAUUACAGUUGAACGAGAUAGAACUUUACCAUACAACUUUCCGACUCAACAAAGUGGCGGACUAGGUGUUGUAAAACGGGCACACGGUCAGGGACAAAAGAUAUUAACGCUCUGUCUCGUUUCUUCUCGUGUAUUUCUAAUAUGCAUUUCUCUUGUAUAAGUGAAACGAAAGAUGAAGUCUCUAGUUUUCUUUGUCUUGGGCGCGUCAUUUUAAUACGGGCCUCGUUGAGAUCGAUCUUAUGAAUGGAAAGUGAAAGAAUCGAUGCCAAGUUUUUGUAUUAAUGUUUAUUUUUGUUUUGUAAUAUAUAUAUUUGUAUUAUUUGCACAAAUUAGUGUGUGGCGGUAAGGUGUUAGCAAAUUGCGAAAUUUCGCUGUUUUUAUUGUUGACUUAAAUAAAUAAAUGAUUUUUUGUAAACCAACUGUUAUCGAAAAGGCAUCUAAUUCGGAAAAUAAAAGAGACUACUGACUAUUAUUAUAGAUAUAAUACAUUGUAGCAAUGUCUAUUUUUUAUGAUUUAAUAUAAAAUAUAAAUAUAUAUAUCGCACAAUUAUGCGUGGAAGAGCUCAAAAUUUUAUUAGUUGAAAUUAUUGUAGCUAAAAUAAUUAUAAUCAAAAAAUAACACUGCAUUUAAUACAUAACUAUAAAACUAUAAAAAAUAUAUCGUGACUACGACCUACUGAGGUCUUGCUAUCUCGUUCAUCAGCACGAUAUGAGUGAGAAAGACGAAAUGCUAAAUAUUGAUUCUAUUAUGUAAAAAUUUCAAGACAAAACCCUAUUUACAUCAAAAAGUUAAAUUUACACAUAUUCCUCAAGAAAUAUAUAUGUUGGUGAGUGAAAUAAAUUCUAUAUUGUUUUUCAAAUUUUAUCUUUCGAAUAUUAUUGAUUUUGUUUUUAUGUAAAAGUGAUUUUUUUUUCUGCUAUGGUUACAAUGAAACUAAGCUAGUAUGUUGCUUUGUCAAAUAUAAAUACUUAUUAUUCUUGACGGACGGGUCAAAUCGCCCAUGUGUAAAGAGUCUUAUAAAUUUUAUUGUAAUUAACAAGUGUUCGUUUAUUCGCCUUCUAAAAUGCUUUAAUGUAAGAUGAGACAAAUGACGCUUUUAUUUUGUUUUUAAAAUAUUUUUAAAUUAUUGAUCUGUGUAUAUAAUUGUUAGAUUGUAAAUAGUAGAUCUUAAAUUAUAUUUAUUUAGAAGGCAGUUCAAUCAUAGUGUGUAGUCUAUGGGAAUAUAUAACAUCAUUGAGGGUGCAUUUGUUAAUACUAUGUAAUUUUAUCACAGUUUACGAAGAUAUGCACAUUGUAAUAAAAUAAAUAGCAAUUAAAAAUUAGCAGUCAUAGUUAGAUAGGGUUUAAAGCACUGAGGACGUGUAUUUUUCUAUAAUACAAAAGUAGGGAUUCUCGUAAAAUACAUUUGUAUUAUUCGUGCUUCACGUUGAGUUGCCUUUAGCGUUUGGGCGUAACGGGUGCGCAUGCGCAGAUGACUAUUUUAUUUAGCUGAAAUGUUAAAGAUUCUCUACGUUUAUAAAAACCUAUUACUGUUAAUAUUAAAGUUUUCGUCGACUCGUAUUGUAGAAAAAAUAUUGUCUGCGCUUGCGCGUCCUCUAUCGCCAGGCAGGUAGUUUGAGGGAGUAUUAUUGUACGAGUCAACUAAAAUGUACGGCGCUGAAUAGAGAUUGUGUACGGCAGUAAAAUAAAUAAUAUUGUUUUUUUUUUCAA